UUCCAGCCACGAGGUGGCGCCUUAGCAGAACACAUGAGGGACAGCAUGCAACCCACACAACAGGUCUUUAUGCAAUCCUGGAUAUACAAUGAAUGAGAAGUGAAAGAGAAGUUAAUGCGUUAUUAACUAUGUCUGUCUGUAUCUUUUGGGGCCUGUCGAGUUUGACGUUAGUCUUAGAAUCCUUGCUGACCAAACCUGAGCAGCGUGGACGGCAUCAGCCUCGACAGUAACACUGUCGCAGACUCGAGUCACAGGAGAUUGAAGGUAGCAGAAACAGAUUAUGAUAGUUACGUGAGGCACUGUGGGACGUUUUUACGAAAAAAGAUGGACUUGGCGAGCACCACGUCUGUUUAUAGGCAACGGUCUGUCCUCGUAGCCUUAUGAUGAGCGCUGCUGGAGUGUAGGUACCAAAACAGGGACAUCUAAUAACAACUCACCUGAUGAGCUCAUGGCACGUAUUGCGUAUUGGGAGGGAAACAUACAAGCAGACAGCUGGCGUUUCUCAGCGUAACGGCUUUAAGAACUUCCCAACCGUUCAUAAAUAAGCCGGGUUGAAAAAAAAAAAAAGAAAAAAAAUGCAGAUUCGUUCCUGGACUGCUGCAUUCCCCCCAUUUUGGCGCAGGGCUGCUUUGCAGAAACUGACGCGUUUUGCGCAUUUCCUGCACUGCCGUUUACACAGUCUGGUGGAGGGGAGGGGAAGGGAGGAGGAGAGGAGAGGAGAGAGAGAGAAAGAGAGAGAGAGAGAAAGAGAGAGAGAGAGAGAGAGAGAGGCAGGUCUGCAGGAAAUCGAGCGCCGACGAAGAGAGAAAACAGAGAAAACAAGCCGGGGAGGCUGAGAGAACCGCACGGAAAACCGUAACCAAUCCUUCCGUCCAAAACCUUCGAUCCCAGCGACUGGGCGUUGAGCUUUGGCGAGUCCAGGCGAACCCCAAAUGCCUGAGGAGGAAAGAGGGGCUCCAGCUGCUGCUGGACGGUUCUCUGAGGGCUCGCUGCGUGGCUGCGUUCCUCUUCUACCUUCUUAACGUUGGAUGAUCGCUCUUUGCGAAUGGUGAGUGGGGUUUCUGUGGGGGUCACAUGCGGAAAACAAGGCGAGAGUGAAAGCCUGUGGAGCGCCUGUGGGACUAGACUUUGCAUGAUCAGCGAGGAGCAGGGCUUCACCGUUAGUUUCAGCAGGGAGUGUGUGUGGGGGGGUGCGUCCUAGAGGUCGUGGCUCCGGUGGACAGCUUUUUUCCCUGUUGAGCGGGAUACGCGGUGGCAGGGUGGCUAGUGGGGGGACAUUAAGGCCCCCAGCUUUUGGCCUAAGAAGAAGAAAGGACCUAUACGCGACACGCUCUCCGCCGCCAUGGUGGUCUUCAACGGCGUGCUGAAGAUAAAGAUUUGCGAGGCGCUGGAUCUGAAGCCCACCGCCUGGUCGCUGCGCCAUGCCGUGGGCCCCAAGACGCAGGGCUUCCUGCUGGACACGUACAUCGCGCUGAACGUGGACGACUCGCGAGUGGGUCAGACGAGUACCAAGCAGAAGACCAAUAGUCCCGCGUGGCACGACGAGUUCGUCACAGAGGUGCGCGGCGGCAAGAAGAUCGAGCUGUCCGUCUUCCACGACGCGCCCAUCGGCUACGACGACUUCGUGGCCAACUGCACCAUCCAGUUUGAGGAGCUGCUGCAGAACGGCAGCAAGCACUUCGAGGACUGGAUAGACUUGGAGCCCGAGGGGAAGGUGUACGUAGUUAUUGACUUAUCUGGAUCUUCCAGUGAAGGCGGCUGUGAGAAUGAGGAACGCGUGUUCCGGGAGCGCAUGCGGCCCAGGAAGAGGCAGGGCGCGGUGCGGAGGAGAGUGCAUCAGGUCAACGGACACAAGUUCAUGGCCACCUACCUGAGACAGCCCACCUACUGCUCACACUGCCGCGAGUUCAUCUGGGGUGUUCUAGGAAAGCAGGGCUAUCAGUGUCAAGUGUGCACGUGUGUGGUCCAUAAACGCUGCCAUGAGCUCAUCAUAACUAAGUGUGCAGGCCUGAAGAAACAGGAAGACAUGGCGGAGGAGGUGGGCUCUCAGCGCUUCAGCGUGAAUAUGCCUCACAAGUUCAGUAUUCACAACUACAAAGUCCCCACGUUCUGUGACCACUGUGGCUCGUUAUUGUGGGGGCUGAUGCGACAAGGGCUGCAGUGCAAAGUUUGUAAGAUGAAUGUACACAGACGCUGUGAAAGUAACGUGGCCCCUAACUGCGGGGUGGACGCACGGGGUAUUGCCAAAGUGCUGUCUGACCUGGGGGUGACACCCGAUAAAAUCUCCAGCAGCGUACAGAGGAGGAAAAAGAUUAGUCAAGGUCCAGACCCACAGCCUCUACCGAUAUCUCCACAAACAGAGGAGGAUCGCUCCAAAUCUGCCCCUACUUCACCAUGUGACCAGGACAUGAAGGAUCUGGAGAAUAUCAGAAAGGCUCUUUCGUUUGACCACCGCGGAGAAGAGACGAAACCAGCAACGCCUUCAUCUCCAAACGAGGGCGGAGCCGAAGAGACGGGAGAAGGCAGAGAAAACGGGGAAGUGAAGACGCUACAGUCGAAAAGAAUGAGUCUAGAGGACUUCUCCUUCAUCAAAGUGCUUGGCAAGGGCAGCUUUGGGAAGGUGAUGUUGGCUGAGCUGAAAGGCACAGACGAGGUGUACGCAGUGAAGGUGCUGAAGAAAGAUGUGAUUCUGCAGGAUGAUGAUGUGGACUGCACUCUAACAGAGAAACGCAUCCUCGCUCUGGCCAGAAAGCACCCUUACCUGACCCAGCUCUUCUGCUGCUUCCAGACAAAGGAUCGCCUGUUCUUUGUGAUGGAGUACGUGAAUGGAGGGGACCUGAUGUUCCAGAUCCAGCGCUCACGCAAAUUUGAUGAAGCCCGCUCCCGUUUUUACGCCGCUGAGGUCACCUCUGCACUCAUGUUCCUCCACCGGAACGGGGUCAUUUAUAGAGACCUCAAACUGGACAACAUCCUGUUAGACGCUGAAGGCCACUGUAAGCUGGCUGACUUUGGCAUGUGCAAAGAGGGCAUUCUGGACGGCAUCACUACCACCACUUUCUGUGGCACUCCUGACUACAUCGCGCCUGAGGUACAACAUUUUGGGGCAUCUUUGCAGGAGCUGGAGUACGGCCCGUCGGUGGAUUGGUGGGCUCUGGGUGUGUUAAUGUACGAGAUGAUGGCGGGCCAACCACCAUUUGAGGCUGAUAAUGAGGACGAUCUGUUUGAGUCUAUCCUCCAUGAUGAUGUGCUUUAUCCAGUGUGGCUCAGCAAAGAGGCCGUCAGCAUCCUCAAAGCGUUCAUGACGAAGAGUCCCAAUAAGCGGCUCGGCUGUGUGGUGUCCCAGGGCCUGGAGGAAGCCAUUAAGGUGCAUCCAUUCUUUAAAGAGAUCGAUUGGGUGCUGCUGGAGCAGAAGAAAAUCAAGCCACCUUUCAAACCUCGCAUUAAAACCAAGCGGGACGUCAAUAACUUUGACCAGGACUUCACCCGCGAGGAGCCCGUGCUAACUCCUGUGGACGAGGCCAUCAUCAAGCAGAUCAACCAGGACGAGUUUAAAGGCUUCUCCUACUUCGGUGAAGAAACUCUGUCCUAGAACUUCCAUCUCCUGCGCUCCACUCCCACUGCUACACACCUGUGGCCCUUCACCUUUAAAAGAGACUGAGCGUUUACAGUGAGGGUCUGAAUAUCUAAUUAAAGACUGUCCGUGCAGUCUGUUUAUUUUCAUUCACUGAUUCUAAGCUUUUUUGUUUUAAAGAACAGAGUGGAAAGUCUUUCAGCUCAACAUUCUCAUACACACACACACGCACACAUAAAUAAACACACAGUGAUGGAAAUAUAUAUCCAAACAGGAACCUUGUUAAGAGAGAAGAUCUGUUUGAAAAGAGGUCAAAGUGCUUAUCCAAGAAUCUUGAAUAAUAAUGAGAAUAAUAUCCUUCUUUGUUAUUGUUACUCAAGUUGAUUCUUAGAUAAGCACUGUGUAUAAAGCAUAUUUGCUUGAAGCCACUUCGCGUGCUACUUUUUUACUGGCCAGCAUCAGUGCUGGGGUUGCACAGAAAAGGAAUCCAUUACAAAUGAGUAAUUAUUUCUUUCAAACUAUAAUGGGAUUGCUUUACUUACUAGUUCCUGGAAAAAAAGUAGUCUUAAUUAAUUAUUACUUCUACUUUACUCCAUAACCCCCCCCCAAAAAAACCUGUACUAACUGUCACAGUUAAACAUCAUUUAAAGGGCCUGUCAGUAUCACUGCUUUUAAACACCUGAUGCUGUUUGAACUAUCCUGUGGAAACAGUUUAUAAACAGCUACCUCUAAAUGAAAUUGGCUGUUCCUGAAUGAAGAUCAGCCUGUUUAGGUGAGAGGGUCUUGAGGGUCUUGAGGGUCUUGAAUUUAGAGCCUUUCCCACACUCAGGCUGUUUACAUUCACAAUCAAAGUCACCAUAAAAGUACAGGCAUGGAUAAUCUAUAAUCUACAUAGAGGAAAUUUCCGACUUAAAUGCUUCACAUGUAACACUGUGAAACGUUUGUUCAAACAAUCAACAAUUAUAUCAAACAAUAAGUUGACCGAACAAAAGACACCGAUUCUUGUUUUGUGAAAAUACUCUGAAAAGUUAAAUCAACAAAAUUUUUUAAGGUAGCCCAGUAACUACCUGCAGUUAAAGCAGUGAUUUUUUUUACAGUGAAUUAGUAUUGCUCUGUUAAAGACAUAUGAGUAACACUUCUUAUUAUGUUUGAAUAAUUUAAUGCAUUACACUACUUCAUUACAGGAAAACGUGAUCACAUUACUUAUUAAAACUUACUAAAACUACAUGGGGCGUUAAGAGUUUAGCCCAUGCUCGGAUAUAGAGCAGUUCUUGAGCGUCUUUUAAAAAAAAAACAUGGUCAUAUGGAAUCUAAAACAUGGGCACCCCAUCCAGUCAGGGUUACCAGAUUGGUCAAGAUCCCCAGAAUAGCAUUUUAUGCUACUUGCUAUGACCAUAAUUGUUUAUCGGUGAUGUUUUUCAUUGCCUUGUAGUGUUUCAUUACCUUCUAAUAAUAAUAAGAAUAAUAAAUAGACACACACACACACUCAUCAUCUAUGCCGCUUAUCUUUCUG